GAUAGACAGCAUGGAUAUGCUGGACAAAGGCAUGAUUCACUUCUGGGGCAGGAUGGAAUGGGAUGGCAUGAGAAUUUAUCCUGCUACUCAGAACAGUGCACAAUUUAAAACUUAGGAAUUAUUUGUGGAAUUCUUCAUUUAAUAUUUUCCAACUGAAGCUGACCACGGGGUAACCAUGGAAAGCAAAACCUUGGAAAAGGGGGGACUACUGUAUUUCAAUACAAUUCAGUGAUUUGUUGUUGUUGUUGUUGAGCAUCUACUAUAUGGCAUGCACUCCUCUAAGUGGUAGGGAUAUAUGGAGUGGUGAACACAACAGACAAAAAUCCCAGCCUCUCUGGAGCUCACGUUCUCUCAGUCACCAGCAAGUAUUAAUUGACGUGCUCAAUCGGUUGGUGUGAAGAUUAAGAAAAAUAGAGCAGAAAAGGGGAAUGGGAGUGGAGUGCAGUUUUGAGUGGGAUGGUCAGGGAAGGCCCCACCUGAUAGAUGACCCUUGAGUAAAGACUUGAAGGAGGUGAGGAAGCAAGCCUAGGAUAUUUUGGAGAAGCAUCCUGAACCCAGAGGAAAGCAGCUCCUAAUGUCUGGACUCAGUGUGGUGCUUUGGCAUUAAGGAGACUGGAAGGCCUCAGAGCAGCCCCAGAAGCAAGAUCGUAGAAACCAUCAUUUAUCUUCCCCAACGCAGAUCAUGGAAACUAGAACUCCUCUCCCACAAAGCAAGCCAUAAAACCUAGAAAGAUCACUCUCUCCCUUUUGCCUUCUCUUGAAGACAGCGUUCCAGAGGGGCCCUGCCUCAUUCCUGGGGGAGGAAAUGCUGUGGCCCUGCUGGGUUUCCUUCAGUCUGCUACCAUUGGAUCAUUUCCUUUUGUCCAGUGCCAUUUUUACACAGCUGUGCAUUGGUCAUCUAAGCAUCAAAACCGUUUCCCUGGGUCUUUGGGUCUUCGUUUCUGAAGGCUCUUGUUAAGCUGUCUUUUGUUACAGGAGUAUCUUCCAUGACCUUUAUGAUGGGUGAGGAAAGCUGCCACACCUUUCCACUCUGACACUGCAAAUACAAGAGUAUUUGCUCCUUCAUACGAGCCUCUUACAAGUUCUCUCCAAUUCAGUCAUGUGCUCUUCUAGCGUUUCCUUAGCUGUGCUGGUAAUUUUGGUAACUUGUAGGAAGGGUCUGUGUUUUAAACAACUUUCUGUCUUCAGGUUAGGGCACAGUGCUUGGCACAUAGAGUGGGCAUACAAAAUAUGUUUGUCAAAUAAGUCAUAUUACCCUUUUCCAUAGGACUUUCUAUUUCUCCUCAUAGUGGCUACGCAAAGUCCAAAUGUUGGCCCAGUGUUUUUGGGCUCCUGUAUACCAGCCCGUCAGUUUCCAGACACUGGCUCUCUGUACCUGAAGCAUCGCAGCCUCACCUGCUUAGUGCCACAAUCCCUCUGAGUUAAAUGCCUUUCCCUUCCUCUGUCCAUUAAGAUCCUGAUCAUCCUUUUAAUAUCAUCUCUAAUCUUUCUUUUUUCUGGUAAGAAAUUUUCUUAUAUCUUGUUUUUGCUUUGUAGCAUCGUUCUUUUUCUGUGCUGCUGUAGUGUAUUGCUUAUCAGCAUUCAUUUUCCCACUUUUAUUAUAAUAAAUAUAAUAAAUAAAGUGGAGAUAGAGUUCAGCUGAAUGGCCAGUGAUUCAACCCAUUGUGUCUCCCUCCGAAAACCCCAAUAAAACCUCAGAGCACUAUGGCUCUGAGGAACUUCCUGGGUUGGCAGUGCUCUUUGAAUAUUGUCUCAGGUUGAUGACAGGAGGGUAAGGUGUCCCAGAGGACAGUGGAGCUGUUAGGGAACCUCCCAGAAUGUGCCCUAUAGGUCACUUGCUUUGGCUGGUUUUUUUGUUUGUUUGUAUGUUUUUGUUUUUGUUGCUGUUAUUAUAAUGAAAUUGUAAUGGUAAGUGUUCUGCUUUCCUGAGUUUGGGGAGUAAUUCUAGGGAAUUAUCAAACCUGAGGGAGCCCUGGGGAACCUGGAUUUCUCACUUGCUGGUCUGAAGUAAGGGUGGCCCUGGUGUCGACAUCGUGGUCUGGAGAGUGGUGUCCCUGACCUUGGGCUGCUGAUGCCUGGAUCUGUAUCCCUGGGCUCAGGGCUUUGCAUGUGAUCGCUCAGUAAAUGUCGGUGUUGAAUCGCUGUUUAUGCUUAAAUGCAUGUUUGUGUGUUUGUGUAUUAUUUUGUGAAACAGUAGUCAUCCUUAAUGUGUGACACACUUGAAAAUACAUACAGUUGACCCUUCAGCCACAGGGGUUUGAACUUCGAAGGAUUUAUUUGAGGAAUUUUUUUAAUCAAGCACAGAUGGAAAAUACCGUGUUCUCUGAAUGAGAAACCCAUCUAUAUGGAGGGCCGACUUUCCCUAUACUUGGGCUCCACAUUCGCAGGGGCCAACUAUAGGACCUGAGUAUGCACGUUUUGUUAUACUGGGUAGGGGUGGGAGGGUGUCCUUAACCAGCUCCUGAGUCUACUGAGAGACAGACCACUGUAUUUUAUUUUUAUUCUGUUGUAUUUCAUUUUAAAAUAAGCUGGUUGCAACCCACUUCAUUUUCAUGAUUCACUUCUGGAUCAUUAGUAACAACUCUUUAAACAGUAAUUUUUGUUGAAAUUGUUUUUCUGAUAUCUUUGUCAUCUAUACUUGCAGUACUUGGCUGGUUGGUGUCGAAUCACUGAACUUGAGCCUGAUGGGCUGUUCUCCAGCAGGGUUUACCCUCACUGGUUGGACAAAGGCGUCAAAGGAUAGUGUUGGCCUUUGUUUUUCCUGAGGGAUAGGACAGCCCCUGCAUGUCAGGUGUGUGAAGAGGGGGAGCUGGCAUGUGCCCUUCCAUCCAACCUAACCCUCUGUUUCCCCACCCCCCCCCUUUUUUUAAAGGUAACAUUUGUCGAUCACCCAUUGCAGAAGCAGUUUUCAGGAAACUUGUAACCGAUCAAAACAUCUCAGAGAAUUGGGUCAUUGACAGCGGUGCUGUUUCUGACUGGAACGUGGGCCGGUCCCCAGACCCAAGAGCUGUGAGCUGCCUAAGAAAUCAUGGCAUUCACACAGCCCAUAAAGCAAGACAGAUUACCAGAGAAGAUUUUGCCACAUUUGAUUAUAUACUAUGUAUGGAUGAAAGCAAUCUGAGAGAUUUGAAUAGAAAAAGUAAUCAAGUUAAAACCUGCAAAGCUAAAAUUGAACUACUUGGGAGCUAUGAUCCACAAAAACAACUUAUUAUUGAAGAUCCCUAUUAUGGGAAUGACUCUGACUUUGAGACGGUGUACCAGCAGUGUGUCAGGUGCUGCAGAGCGUUCUUGGAGAAGGCCCACUGAGGCAGGUUCGUGCCCUGCUGCGGCCAGCCUGACUAGACCCCACCCUGAGGUCCUGCAUUUCUCAGUCAGUGUGUAAUCAAGUUCCAGGGCCCAAAGCCCCAGCUCUUUGUUCAGUUGACUUACUGUUUCUUACCUUAAAAAGUACUUGUAGAUGGAAAUCAGUUGUGUUUGACAGAAGAAUCAAUAAAAAUCUUUGAUUCAGACAGUUUAUGGGGUAUUUUAGGCAUUCUUAGACUAGUUGAACAUCUCACUUUGCCCCAGUUACAAAAAUAGCAGAACAAGCAACAUAAAACAAUGAAGGAAAACCUCACUUGAAGUCCCAGGUCAACAUCUAAGCCUGUUGGGACUUAGAUAAUCGAGUCUACCUCUUCAGUAGAUUUGUGUGGAUGGCCUGACGGAGGGCAGGUGCCCUCUGCUCCCCAGUGCUACCUCUCUCUUCCCUAGGGCCUUUUAUGGAUUGACAGUAGCCCUCUCCGUAGGAGCUCACAGUCUAGAUUAGAAGUGUUUUAAUUUAUAUACACCCGUAGUGCACACUUGUAUAUUGAAAAGAUAGGGAAGAGAGAAACAUUUAUGGAAUCAGUCGUUGGCACCUUCAAUACUUCAUGAUUUUUGUCGAGUUUACUUCACGAGGAGGUCAGCUCAUUGGCUCCCAUCUGAACCACUUUGCCUCUGAAACUUAAUUACAUCCAGAAAGAAGGACACUUGUAUGCUAGUCUAUGGUCAGUUGAGGAAUAUGACUGCUUUUAUAUGCACAUGUAACCCAAAUGUCCAAAUAUAAAUUGGCUUAUUUUUAAAAAUAAUUUUAAAAGUUGGGAAAAGUGUUAUUAUUUGGCAUGCUUAAAUAUUGAAUAAGUAUUCUUCAUCAGCAUUUAAUAAAUGUAUAGGCAGAUAUAAGGUAAUUUCUGUGUAUUUUGAGAUAAUGUCAAAAUCAUGAAUAUUUCAAAAUAAACUGGGGAGUUAUAAAAAUACAACUAGAGAUAUAAA